AUUUUUGAGUCAAUUAAAUCGAAAUGGAGUUGAAACAAGUAGAAUGUUUAAAUGUGGUCAUCAUUUUGUCGGUGUUUUGUUUGGGACAAAUUUUGGCCUGUAAUAAUAAUACCCGAGUAAAACGUGAAGGACCUGAUGUUUCGACCAUUUUUUUGGAGGGCGCUGCACAAAUAAAGGAAACUCUAGAUAAUGGUGCUGCUUUCAAAAAAAAUUACUCAAUUAAAGCAGGUCCCGUUCAAUUCAACGAUAGUAUAAAAGUUGGAUUUGGUCGUGCAAUGGAUGAUCCCACAACAGAAUCAGGUGAACGUCGUAAACGAAGCGUUAAUGAUGAAUUUGAAAGUGAAGGGAAUUUUCAAAGAAAUGAUGGUAUUCGUCAAAAAAGAAGCCCUCAUCCAAAUCCUUCAAUUUUUACCAAUCAAUUAAUCAAUUCAUUGUCGGACACAAUUUAUCGGACAAAACGACAAGCUGAAAUGCAAAAAAAUAGCCCUAGUGGUUUUGUAGCUACAGCAACAGAAAUGUUCAAUCAUGUGGCAACUAUAUUUAAGGACUGUGUCAACAAAGUUAAAUCUUUGGUUGGUGGUGCAGCGGGUGGAAUGCCACAACAAAGAGGCCUUGGAUCUAACGGUGCUGCAGUUUCACCAUAAAAAAUCUAUUCUUUUUCAGUUUUUUUCUGGUUUUUUUUCGUGUGCUUGAAUUGAAUGAAUAAAAGACCCCAAAAUCAAA